UUAUCCACGUGCGUGUUUCAAAUUUAUUUACAUCCAUUUAUUAAUUUUAUUAUUUGUGCAAAUGUUUUAAGAUAGAAAAAAUGUUGGAAGACGAUGUAUCGUUUACUAUGCCGUUAGGUAAUUAUAGUAACUAUCAAAAUAAAAUAAAAAAAUGAAUUUCUCUAGAGAUCAAGUUUUAGAACUUAUAGAAAGAGUACAAAACGGUGAACAGGAACUUUCAAAAGAGGAACUUACAACUUUAUUAAAAAAUCAACACUCUCUUACAUAUUUUAAAUAUAAUGUUGAUGAGUAUUGUAAAUUACACAGUCUUGUCAUUGCUAAUCUAUGUAACAGCGCCGAGUAUUUGGCUUUUUUAAAAGAUGAUUACACUUUUCAAAAAGUGAUGCGAGACAGGGACCAAUUUAAUAUUAGUUUUCUACAAAUAGUCGUCCCUACGUUAAUAGAUGUUUGCCUAAGGUUUAAGGAAAAUGAAGUGUUUGAAGAGACUUCAAAGCUGCUCCAAAAGUGUUUUUUUAGCACGAGUGUGAAACAAUUUGACUCUUAUUUAACACAAUUGUUUGCAAAAAUAAAAACUCAAGAAAAACACAGUCUCUGUAAAACAGUAUUGAAAUUUCUUACAAAUCUAUAUAACAAAAAUGCCAUUUGUCCUACAGGUUUCAAACUACUUUUCAAUUCACUUGUCUAUUCCCAUAAAAAUUUUAAUACAGUAUUUAAAAUGUUACUACUUUUGAUUGAAAUUAUUGGUUUUGACACCAGUACUGAAUUUAAUUUUAACAAGAUAAAAUAUCAUCUUGAAAACCCUUCAUUGAAUGAUUCUUUGAAUAUUUUACGCGAACUUCUAGAUGUUGUCUCUAAAACAAAAUUCAAUUUAGAAUGUAAUAUUGGUGACGUUACAUUCAAUGAUUUUAUUAAAAACUUAUUAAAAUCAAUCAUGGCUUUAACAAAAGUUCCAAACACAUAUUGUUAUCAGAUUUUUACGAUAGUUAUAGAAAUUAAUCCAUUGAUAAUCGAGUCACUUAUAAACGAAAUUCUUAUCUACACAAUGUUAAGUGACAACAGUCAGUGCAGAAAAGAAUAUGAGGAAUUGAUGAUUAAAAUAUUUGAAGUAUUUAGCAAAUUACACCGAAUUCAGAAUCUAAUAUCAAAAAUGAUACCAACAUUAAAAUCAGGACUUGAAAACCGUAAAUUAGAUGAAGCCAUUUACACAUUUCGAGGAGAGUUGAAUUUGAAAUCAGAUGAAAACAUUUUAUACAACAUUGACUGCAUUCUUCCCAAAUCAGUUUUAAAUUAUUUCACUAACUGUAUCAUAAAUUUGGCCAGUUGGCAAGUGAUAAAUUUGUUCAAAACGCUGUUAUUUCACUUUAAUAAGACUGUAGAAGAAUUACCGGAAAAAACAGAAGAAACAAUUUAUACCGAAAUUUUGAGUUGCUUUAUUUGUUGGGUUUUAAUGAGUGUGCGAAUGGCGGAACACACCGUGGCCUCAACUACUGUCGUUAAAUUCGUUGGGGGCUUGGAGGAGCUCAGAAACGUGUUAGGAAAGUUGGGUAGGACUUUAUUGCAACGACCACAUAAUCAAAUUUUAAUGAGGGCUUUUUUGAAUAUAUCGUACUAUUGGGCCGAAAUUUACAUGUCAUUGGAGUACUAUUCAGUCAAGCACGAUUUUAAUUUGAUAAAAGUCAUAAAUUCGAAUUUUUCGGCGUGUAAUUUAACAUAUCUGCAUUCGUAUUUAACCGACAAAGAGUGGUGUUUAAUUUCUGAAAGGAUUAAUAAUUUCGGAGAAAAACCGUGUAAACAAAUAAUGCAGAGACUCAUGAUUCAGAAAUUGCGAGCGAUGUUAAUGUCUCAUGAUAGUAACAGUGAGAUAACGACGGCGAUUAUUCGGACAUUGUCAUCGGAGUUUGACGAUAGUUCUGUUGAAAUUUUCACGGAUAGAUUCGUGAUCAAUCAUUUGCUUGACAAAAUGCCUUCCACGAUAAUUGUGAAUUUGUCAGAAAUUAUUUUACAAGAUUUAUUAGAGGGUACUGGAGAAAUAUUUAAACAACCACACAUUUACGACUCUCGGCUUAUAACAGAAGGCAUUCUUUGUGUCAUUUUUACAAAAAUUAAUAAAUUACUCAAACAAAAGCGAAAACAUGACGAUGCAACUUUACGAAAAGCGCACUACUCAAAAAUUCUAUCUCUCUUACCCACGGACAUGUUUUUGGCUCCUAAUAUUGGAGAAUUUUUGGUUAAAGCCUCAGAGGUUGUCUCCGAAGGUGAUGAACAAAUCAUAGAUUUGAAAUUACACAGUGAUAAAAUUCAGGCAUAUUUAGACGCGUUUAGAAGGCUCCCAGUACUUUUUGCAAGUGAGGAUACACAAAAAUUUAUAAUCCUACUGUUAUUCUCGUUGCUCAAAGAUAUAAAUCACAGUAAUUGCGAGGAAGAAAUAAAGAACGGUUGUGAAAGUCUCAUCAUUAGCAUUAUACAACAUAAUAAGUUUACUUUAUUGGAUAUUUUUGAAGCGAAUAUCCUUGUAAAACUCCUAAUUGAGAAUGUUGUUAAAAGUGAAGAUCUGUUCACCCACAUCGUCCAAAGUGCAUUUAAAUGUGAUUCGGCGAUUGCUAAAUUUGAAUCAGGAAUUGCAUUUAUUAAAGGCAAUCUUAAAUCAAAACAAUGUCUGCGAUUUGCAGUAAAUGUACUGCUUGUGCUUCACAAAAUGAAAAAAAUUAAAGUAUCUCCAGAGUCCAAGGAAUUAUGUUUGAAAUAUAAAACGGAUAUUUGUCAUAAAAUCGCUAAAUUGGUGUUGAAGAAAAGUCCAGAGGAUGGUUUGAUUGAACCGUUUGCUAUAGUUUUGAAAUCGUUCUUGGCCAAAGACGAAGAUGAUAAUCUUUCCAAAUUAAAAAUUUCGUUAAGCGAUUAUGUGGAGUAUUGUCUUGAGAAUUUGUCUGAUGAGAAUAUCAAAGGCAGUUUAUUACUGUUUUCGACAAUAUUGUUCAAUAAAUCCUUGUUAAACAAUCUCGAUGAUGCUUUUAUUUUGCGAAUUUACAAUAGUUUGAAACGUGUAACUGUAAAGACUGAGAUGUUGGAGGAAUAUUCGCAGUUAAUGAUUCUCAUCACGUCAUUAAUUCCAAAUGAACAGUUUUCGAAAAUUUUUGACGAUUUGCUGAAAGUGACGACGAAAUCAAUCGAUUUGAGAGAAAAUAAAGAGUUCUGCAAACACCUAAAAACCUGGUCUUGCAUCCUGUCUACAAAUUUCAAUCCCGUCAAAACUAACAUUUUGCGUGAACAACUCGAAUUUCUCUUGGAAAAAUUAAUUCUCAUGUUGAAAUCUGUUGAUUAUAGCGAAGAAUUAUUUGAAGAAGUUAUCCAAUUUGAGCUUUCAAUUGUUCAAGCAAAUCACGUGCCAUUAAGUGCUGCCAUUAUAGAUUUUUCCCUGUUAACAGUUUCAAUUUUAAUGAUGAAGAAAGAUCACGACUUUAUACAUUGUUUUAACUGUGGCAUAACUUUGUUGGAAAAUUUGUUAAAAUCCCGAAAUCCGUUAAUUAUGGAUCGUUUGCCUCCGUAUUUGUUGCAGUAUAGAGUACUGUUAAAAGGUUUGUGUUUGAAAAGUAGUUCAAAAGCGAUAGCAGAAUCAAGCGACGGGCAGAAGAUUGCUGAUUGUGCACAUAAAUUAGAAAAAUUGACAAAGAGUCUUGCUGAUUGUACCAAAGAUAUGGCAAGGAUUGCAAUGUAUUUGAUUGCAGAUAUUUUGGCACAGUAUGAAAUGGACACGCUGUACCCUAACGUGAAGAAACAUUUGGAUAAUUGUAUAUACAGCCUAAUUGCUUUGUGUGAUCAUCAUGCAGUUCAGUAUUUGAUGAGAGUUUUAAGCAACGCGUCUACUGAAAUAUUUAAAAUUAUGUAUGAGAAUUAUAAAACAUAUUAUAGGUUUACAGGUAAGGUGUAAAAUAUGUUUAUAAUAAAGAUCACUUUUUCGAUUUUUUUUAUUGA